AUGGCUGCGGCUUCACGCACGUUCGGCAAAAAGCCGGAGAAAUUUCAGCUUUUAGAAGCUGGAGAAUGGUACAUGAUAGGUUCGGAGGUUGGUAAUUACUUGCGCAUGUUCCGUGGCUCUCUAUAUAAAAAGUACCCAUCACUAUGGAGACGGUUGGCCACUGUGGAUGAAAGGAAACAAAUAGUCAGCUUGGGAGAACGUUUUGGUCAGCACAGCUUAGCCACCAAUGUUACUUUGUUGAAAGCCUCAGAGGUAGAAGAAAUUCUUGAAGGAAACGAUGAAAAAUACAAAGCUGUUUCCAUCUCUGUUGAUCCCACUCCUCUCAGGGAAGGAAAAUCCAAGCGAAGAGACUGGGUGCCGGCAAUACCAAACAGCUCCCAUCAUUUGGACGCUGUCCCAUGUUCUACAGCUAUAAACAGAAAUAGAAUAGGACCAAAAAGACAAAGGACAUUCCCACUUUGUUUUGAUGACCAUGAUCCGGCUCUGAUACAUGAUAAUGCUGCACAGCGAGACGUCCUUGUACCAAUCAGACUAGAUAUGGAACUUGAAGGACAAAAACUAAGAGAUACUUUUACUUGGAACAAAAAUGAAACUCUAAUAACCCCAGAAAUCUUUGCUGAAAUUCUUGCCGAUGAUCUUGAGUUAAAUCCCAUCAAUUUUGUGCCUGCUAUAUCACAAGCCAUUAGAACGCAGAUAGAAGCAUUCCCUGCUGACAAUAGUAUACUAGAAGAUCAAACAGACCAAAGGGUUAUUUUGAAGCUCAAUAUCCACGUGGGAAAUAUAUCUUUGGUUGACCAGUUUGAAUGGGACAUGACAGAAAAAGAUAAUAGCCCUGAGGAGUUUUCACUGAAACUAUGUUCUGAACUUGGACUUGGUGGUGAGUUUGUUACUGCCAUUGCCUAUAGUAUACGAGGACAACUCAGCUGGCAUCAAAGAACAUAUGCUUUUAGUGAAUCACCACUGCCAACAGUAGAAAUAGCAGUUCGUAACCAGGCGGAAGCAGAUCAGUGGUGUCCAUUUUUAGAAACACUAACAGAUCAAGAAAUGGAAAAGAAAAUACGAGAUCAAGACAGAAAUACAAGGCGUAUGCGUCGUUUGGCUAACACUGCACCAACAUGGUAGCUGAUCGGUUCAUUUUACUGCAGUCAGCUUAAAUAUCAAACCACUUUAGGCAAGUUCGUCCAUGUGUUUGUAUAAAUACACUAUUCAUGUAGUGGAUUUCAAAGACUGUUGAUACACAUGAUGUUCGAUCUGCCUUUAGUACUCCAGUCUUUGUUUCGAACUAGUCUGGAAAAACAUUAUUCUCGUAAACACUAACGCUCAGAGAAAUGUCGUCAAUGUUGUCCCGACAGAUUAGGAGUGGUCAGGUUUGUUGAAAAAACAACUUUGUUGACAGAAGAACAGAUGUAAAUGAUGCCUUGAAAUAAAUUAUUUUAAAAUUAC